AUGGCUGAAUUUAAAUAUCCAGUUCGCUCUGCUCAUUUGAAUCGGAAAGCUGCCGGAGUCUUCGAGGUUCCACAUCUGCCACCUUGGGCACAAAGCCACGUUCAGCACGCGCAGAAUCUCCUUGAGUGCUCAGACGAACCUAUUGAGUACGAUCACGACGACGAAGACUACUCGGACAACUGCUUCUUUUUUCCCGAGGACUGUUCCUGGUCUCCGCCUCCGAACUGGGUUAUUGAAGACGACAGGUCCGAAGACGAGAUUGCCGACGGAACUGACUCUGAGCACGACUACGACGACACAAUGAUUCCGGGACUUCCGGACAUUCGAAUGCUCGAUGCAGAGGCCCUCAGCGAUUUGCUGGAGGACAACCUCUCACCUCCUGAGAUCACUACGAUCAUGGUGUUUGCCACAAACGGCGCCAUCUUCGCCUAUGCUUCGUCACUUUCGUCUCGGCAGUUGCGCAACUUGAGCGCGACAUACGGAGCUGCCUAUACUUGCUACGCAAAGAACGCCUCGAGCGGGAAUCUUACAGGCGUGAACCCAGCCAGUCACCCGUCGUCAUAUGUCACGGCACAAUCGGUGUCGCUAGGCGACGUAGGCUCGAUUGUCUUUGAGCUUGACGACUCGGUGGCCGUUGUGACCAGGAUAGCGGACAAAGUCCUGCUGGCCGCUGUGGGGCCGUCGAAAUCUGACACCGACGAGGCCGGUUCUGCUGACGGAAGGCAAGUUCACCAAAACGGCUUUGCGAAAUCGGGGACAGAGGCGACGUCGGCAACGGAGUCGAAUGCACACCGGCCCACCACCAACGGUACAUACACCAGCCAAGCACCAUCCACCACGACCUCUACCCCGACCAGCAUCUCUCGCAAGGAGAGCAAAGCUGACGUACAGGCAGACGCAGAGCUAGAGACGCAGUACGAGAUCGACCGGAGCAGCAAUCUCGCUCGUCUAGCCAGCUUGAAUCUGUCUGCAUCGCCCUCGACGCUCUUGGCGCUCGAGUCAAAGGCUGCCGCGCUGGGAAGGUUUCUCAGUCAGAAGUUGGCGGACCUUGAGAGUCCUGACGAUUUUUAG